GACCACGAUAACGAUAAGUAGUGGAAAGUUGCCAGCAAUACCAAUUCGAGCCUACGUAAGGUGCAUUAAACCACUUACACCUCACGAUAGUUAGUUAGCAGUCGCCGGAAUAAGACGAACUCAGAUACCGUUGCUUCAAUUUCUUAAUUGUAUAAACCAACCCAUAUAAUCCAUCACAAUGCAACUCCUCCCCUCCCCCCUACAUAUCCUCCUCCUCGCCCUGCUCUCCUCCGUCGCCCACGCCCAAUUCGGUUUCUUCGACCAGAUGUUCGGCGGCGGCGGGCAGCAGCAGCAGCAGCAGCAGCGCCAACAACCACAGAACGUGCCCAGCGACUCGUCCAUCUACCGCUCUAACUUCGACCGCAUGCACUGCGACAACUACCUUUGCCCGGAUACUCUUGCUUGCGUGCACUUCCCUCAUCACUGCCCCUGCCCGUGGCCCGCCCACGAGGACAAGUUUGAGAUGGGAGACGGGCACCGAAUAUGCGUAUCUAAGGGAGGAUUUAAGCCUGGGGAGGCCGGAAGAAAGGUCGAGCUUGCUCGGAAGGGACUGCUAUGAUUUAAUGUGUUGAGCUUUAUACGGUUAGCGCAUCAUUUCUGAGAGUAGAGCAUAUAGAAUGAGACCCCAGUGUCUAAGCUACAUGGUCGAGUACUCGAGACAUGUCUUAAUCGAGUUUCGUCCCGUUCCGCUAUAAGACAAUGAGAAUACGAAUGA